AUGGACUACGACUACUGGGAGGAGGGCCAAGGGGAGGAAGAGGAGUGUGAGGAGGUGCUCGAGGCCAAGUACCAAAUACAGCAGAAGACGCUGGCCCGGCAGCACAGCGCACUCCGCAUGCCUCUGGUGCUCGCCUCCACUGCCACCCCCUCCUACAAUAUCCGGGACUCUAGACCACAAAGCUCUGGCUCGCCGGGUGAGGCUACUUGUGCGGUCUGCGGGGAUGGACAAGCAAAGCUGCACUACGGAGUGUUGGCCUGUUAUGGAUGCAAGGGCUUCUUCCGGCGGACGUUAACUGGUAAAUAUCGCUACGUCUGCCGAUUCGGAAACAAUUGUGUCGUCGAUAAAUUCCAACGGAACAGCUGCCGGUUUUGCCGGUUCAACCGCUGCCUCGAGGUGGGCAUGGACCCGAAAGCCGUGCGCCCCGACCGCGACCUGACCGGAAAGCAAAAAGUGCCCCGGAUACGGAAGAAGCACAUCGAUGAGGAGCUGCUGAAUCAUAUGAUGCGCUUACAAGGGGACGAUUGGACGCGGAAGCUGCAGGUGGAAGUCCGUAUAUUACUUGUACAGUUGAUGAACAUUGAAUCAAAGGUUGCAAAAGGCGAGCAAAGUGUCAGCCAACGAAAUGAGCCGACAUCUCAGCCACCCUCAAAAAGAGACCUCAAAAACUUUUCGCUGCGAGAAAUGUUCGAGUCGAAGCCGUUGAUGGAUGGCCGGCGGACAGAGAUCGGCUACGAGCCGCUACGGCAAGCCCGCGUCGAAGAACUACCGGCCAUCGCUCACCGACGGGCCAUUGCCGCUGUUGAUUGGGUGGAUUGCAUCUCCGAACUGGCGGAUAUUAACGAUACCGAAGAUAAGGUUGCUCUCGUGAAACAGUGCUACGCCCCGUUGACCAUCUUCAACUUCUCGGCACGGACGGCGCAGCACACGAAAAAUCCGGAUAUUUUAUGCCUGUGCUCACACUCUUACGUGCCACGGCGGUUGCCGCCCGAGUUCAACGAGCAAAAUCAACUCUCCAACAACCUCAUCGACCGCACGCUCAACGAGCUGGUGGGCCCGUUGCGGCGGAUGAACCUGAAGGAGGAGGAGAUUGUCCCACUCAAAGCCAUCCUCGUCCUCAACCCAAAUGCAAAGGGGCUUUCCGAGCACGCGCGGGCCUCGAUCUCCGAGCUGCGGGACAAACUGCAGGACAUGCUCUUCCAGAUCGUCAAAGAAUUGCAUCCCAUCUACACGGCGAGCAGCCGGUUUGGCAAUUUGCUGUUGCUGUUGCCGACCAUUGCGACCCUAUCCGGCGUUAUGUGCGAGAAUAUGCAAUUCUGCCAGGCGUUCGGCGGCCGUGCGAGCGGUGACCCGCUUCUCUCCGAGAUGUUUGGCGAUUUCAAGCUUGAGGAACCACCACAGAUCUCCUCCUCCUCCGGCUCCCCGCCACUUUUCGAAAACCCGGCCGACAUCUCGCUAGGCUCGAUCAGCCCGCCAUCAUUGUAUGGCGAGUCAACGAAUUCGCCCGUUAGGACGUGGUUCACGAAAAAGGUGGACGCGCAGACGCAGACGGACGCCGGGCCCCCGCCCAGCACGGCACAUUCCUUGAUUGGAGGCUAUGAGAAUCCGCUCGUCGGCCUCCCAUCUCCAUUUGCCGGUCUACUCGACGAGGACAUUGUCGAUUCCACAUUUUCACCCGGCGCCGACUUUGACAUGCUGGCCGACUCGCAGGAGUUCGACGACCUGAUGCAGUACAUAAAA